AUGCAAGACGACAGUUUAGAAUCCUCAACUUCAAUAUCUCAACUUCUGAGAGAAAGUUAUUUAGCUGAAACUAAACAUCAAGGGAAGAGUGAAAGAAGCAGAUCAGAACCAGCUUCUCAUAAUUUCCAUUAUGGCAAUGCUUCUGGUGAUUCAGAUGAGGUAGCUGCACAAGAUGACCUUCCAGAUCUCUCUGCCUUUUUGAGCCAAGAAGAGUUAGAUGAAAGUGUAAACCUGGCAAGACAAGCUAUUGAUCAGAAUCCACUGGAAACUAAACAGGAUGAGCUUCAGGCACAUUCACAGCAUCCCCCAGAUCAGCUGAAAAACACAGGAAAACACAAACAAAUGGCCCAGUCUACAGCUUUGAAAACAUCAGACAACGGCCUGCACUCCAACUUUUGUCAGGACCAUGUCAGAAAUACAAAGGGCUCCAAAGGGAGCUCUCAAGACCUAAAGAAACACCACCUUCCUUCUGAAUCAGAAUCAAAAAAGGAAUUCCGAAACAAAGCAGCAGAAUUUAUUGAGGAGCUCUCAUCACUUUUCAAAGCUCACAAUUCUGAAAGAAUAAGACCCCGAACAUGCAAAAACUACAGGAGCAAAAUUGAUUCUAAGAAUAAGUCUGCUCAAAAAGGUAGCUCUAGCCUGUCUAGCACAUCAGAAAGCAGAGAAAGGCUUUCCAUUCCAGUACCUCAAGACUUGGAAAACAAAGCAGAGAAAACAUUUGAACAAACAGAUGAUCGACAGGCGGCAAACUUGGAAUCUAUCAAUCAAUUAACAAGUGCAGAGCUAAAAACAGAGUCAGAAUCUGCAUCUGCAUAUUCUGAUGAGCCUAUUGGACAACCACCACGCUUUACUCAAAAACUGAAGAGCAGGGAAGUUCCUGAAGGAACCAAAGUGCAAUUGGACUGCAUUGUGGUAGGAAUCCCAGCACCUGAAGUCAGGUGGUACUGUGAAGGGAAGGAGCUUGAAAACUCACCAGACAUUCAAAUUAUCCAGACAGGUGAUCAACAUUCAUUGGUUAUCAUUGAAGCUUUUGAGGAGGAUACAGGACGUUACUCGUGCUUUGCUUCAAACAUCUAUGGAACAGACUCCACUUCUGCAGAGAUUUACAUAGAAGGAGUCUCUUCUUCUGACUCUGAAGGUGAAAUCAUCAAAGACGAAAUGGAUCACAAACCCAAGCCAGCUGACAUCUCCUUGAAUGCAGCAUCUCCUGCUGUUAGAACUGCAACCAAGCAUCAAGAAACCUCCAAGGCACCAUCUCAGCCUGUGUCUGUACCUGUCCGGCCUGUGUCAACACUCGUUAAUCAGGCUCAAAGCCCCACUAACUAUUUGCAAGGACUGGAUGGAAGACCUAUAAUUGCUGCUCCUGUAUUUACAAAGAUGUUACAGGAUAUUUCAGCUUCUGAGGGGCAGCUUGUUGUCUUUGAAUGUCGGGUGAAAGGAGCUCCUUCCCCAAAGGUUGAAUGGUAUAGAGAAGGAACACUGAUAGAAGAUUCUCCAGAUUUUAGGAUAUUACAGAAAAAACCACGAUCUAUGGCUGAACCAGAGGAAAUUUGUACUCUCGUUAUUGCUGAAGUAUUUUCAGAAGAUUCUGGCAGUUUCACCUGUACUGCAAGCAAUAAAUAUGGCACAGUAUCUAGUAUAGCUCAUCUAACUGUCAAAGCAUCUGAAGACAGUAGUAAUGCUGCUACCCUUCACACAAUGAGCUCAAUCAACUUAAUUGCUGCUGAACAUCAACCUCCCCCACAUACUCCUUCCCAUCGUGUAGUAAAACAAACCCCCAAACCUAAGCUUGAAGGUGUUCUUGUAAACCACAACGAACCCAGAUCUAGUUCCAAGAUAGGUCUCCGUGUGCACUUCAAGCUGCCUGAAGAUGAUAAAGGAAGGGAUUCAUCACCAGAGGAUGGACCUGGUGCUACAAACCAAAUCCGACCCAACUACUUCCAAGACAGGAUAAAUGGACAGCCAAUGAAAAUACCAGAGCCGACAUCGCCAUCCAAGGAACCGCCCCCGGUACUGGCUAAACCAAAGCUGGAUCAGACCCAGUUAAAACAGCUCCACAACCAGGUCUUGCUUGAACAACAGCAGGUGCCUCAGACAUCUACAAGAGAGUUAUCAUUCAACACAGCUUUACUGAAUUCUGCUACUUCACUCCAUCAACAGUCCACCUCAACUAUGUACAAACAAAGCAAAGCCUCUGCUUCACAAGCAUUCAGCUAUACCCGACCUAAGCAGUUCCUGCCAUCACAAAGCACACCGCCUACCAGCUCUUCUUCUAGCUCCUCGGUUACAACAUUCAGCAACGUCCCUCAAGGAACUCAAAGAACAAAUAACAAGGAAAAUUUCACAGGAAAUCCUCCACCUGCCCAAUCAAGGUCUUCAGGAGGGUUUACAAGCAAAAGUGAACAGGGUCUACCAAGCCCUAAAGAAUCCAUGGUGCCUCCAUUAACACUUUCUAUAUCUAGUGUAAAACACUUCCAGCCGCAGAGUGUGACUCCUGCUCCUAUCUCCCCAACUGGCCGGAUCCAGAAUCCAGUAGCUUUCCUUAGCGCUGUCCUUCCUUCACUUCCUACUGUGCCAUCGACCAAUGCUAUGGGACUGCCCAGAAGUACACCAGCCAC